AUGACCGACAAUGCUCAACGUCCGCGUCCGCCGCCAAAUCGGCGCAGAGACAAAGUCCAACUUUCCUGCGACCCUUGUAGACAGCGAAAGUUGAAGUGCGACCGACAGCACCCGUGCGGAGCUUGCACAAGGCGUGGCCUCACCAACUCCUGCAACUAUGCGACGACACCCUCUGCCGCCACGCCCGUUGCUCCGCGAACGUCCACCAGCCUCCAUGGCAGACUCGCUGAACUGGAGAGCCUCGUCGUGACUCUCAUGAAAGGCCAAUCGCUCCCAGAUCCGCACACACCGAUAUCGCCGAGACCGACAAACUCGUUACCAUCCGCAGAUGUGGUGUUCUCCAACACCCUCGGACCAAAGAAAUCCUCAGAUGAAGCUGAAUCUCCGGCAGACCCUGGCACCUUGAAUUUGCGCAAUUCUGGAACCAGCUAUGUCCAGAGUGUCCAUUGGGAGGCAAUUCUCACCCAAAUCAGGGGGCUGAAGGACGACUUGGUCAUUGAUAGCAAGCCCCCGCUCGGUUCACACUUGUUCUAUGGGCCGAACCGUCAUGCAACACGAUAUGAAAUACUGACUGCUGUUCCUCCUCGUCCGGCUGUUGAUCGCCUCAUGGCCCUCCACUUCGAUUCCUACAUUGUAACUCCGUAUAUCAUUCAUGGCAGAAAGUUUCUUCGAGAGUACGAAAACUUCUGGAAAGAUCCAUCCGCAGCUUUAAUCGCUUGGGUCGGUCUCUUGUUCUCCAUGUUAUACAUUGCCGCGCUGUUGCAAAUCUUCACCAUUGACCUGACCGACGGACGAGCCGAAUCGCUCAAGGUGGAAUGUCUCAGCAUGAAGGAUGUCUUCCGGGAGAAGGCAGUUCAGUGUCUUCAUCUGGCCAGGUAUACGACGGGAGGACCAUACAUCCUCGAAACCCUCAUCAUGAUCCUUACCGGAGAGUGUAUACUCUUGAAAGAUAGCGCCACCGAUGGCUGGCUUCUGAUCAGCAUGAUACUUCAUCUCGCAAUGCGCAUGGGCUAUCAUCGGGACCCAUGCCAUUUUCCCGGAAUAACUCCAUUCGAGACUGAAAUGCGUAGACGCAUCUGGACUACACUCCUUCAACUGGAUCUCAGUCUCUCACUGGAGAUGGGUCUUCCUCGAAGUGCCACAGACAAGCACAUCGACACAAAGCAACCGAGUAACCUGCGCGACUGUGAUUUUGACGAGGACACGACCGAGAUGCCACCUCCGAGGCCAGAAACGGAAUGGACGCCGAUUCUUCCUCUCAUUGCGAGAGGGCGACUGAUAACAGCUCUGGGCCUGAUUUGCGAAGUCAACACCGACAUCCACCCCCCUUCUCACGAGGAGGUCACGAAAAUCGACGCCCUCCUCGGAGACGUGCACAAGCACGCCAUUCCGCCCGUUCUGCGGUGGGAAACAAUGCCACACCCUAUCACGGACAGUCCAAACCUUGUGGUACAGCGGGUGAGUGUCGAGACGACCUACUACAAAUCCCGCAUUCUCCUGUAUCGGAGAGCUUUGACCAGCAGCCAGCCAGCCCUUCGACAAUCCCGAGAGCGGGACAGGGACAGGGAGUCGGUACGGAUCUGUUUGGAAUCGGCCCUCAAGAUUCUGUCGUUUCAGGAGAUGCUUCACGAAGAGUCUCAACCAUUUGGCCGUUUGUGUCAGUUGAGAUGGAAGGUCACCCACAUUUUCAACCAGGAUGUUCUUCUCGCCACGAGCGUGCUCUGUCUCUACCUUCAAGAUGUGGACAAAUUUGAAUUGCCCGAGACUCCAGGACAGAAUUUGUCGUCGUUGUCGUCAUCGUCGCCCAGGGCCGAAGAGGUUCGUCAGCAAUUGACAAUCUCGCACAAGAUUUGGCUCCAAAUGAGUACGGCGUCUGCGGAAGCUGGAAAAGUAGCCAAAGCGCUGGGUAUCGUCCUGGGAAACGCAGAAGAGUCGCCGUCUGUCGAGGACGGUGUCGGAAGCGUUGAUUACGACUUUUUGACGGAUUUUGACACCGUACCUUUGCAUGACUUUGGGGUAGGGUUCAACAAUCAAAAUCAAUAUUUUCCUUCUGGACUUUACUCUCCUCUGACGUAUUUUGAUAAUGUACUGGAACCCCGGCUACCAUGAGAAAGAAGAUUCCGAUCUGGGUGUCUUGACCGGCAGCCAUAUCAUGAGCUUGCCAGCCAGCAUGUCAAAAGUGAAUUCACAACCAUCAUG